GCCCAAACAGUGCAAACAGUGCGCGUGUGGGUGUCGGAUGCAAUUGCCGCUAAAUCUCUUUGAAGUGCUCCUAGUGCUGCCGGAAGUGCCUAGUUUUUUUUUUUUUUUCUCCCGACGGGUGUCGUCCGUAGUAGGCUUUGCGUGUUUUGUGAGUGUACGUUGAUGUAAUCUUGCCCGAACAUGUUUUUAUAGCGGCUUUGUACGUGAGGUUGAUGGCGCGAUAAUAGCUUGCGAAUAAAAUCGACGUUCCGGACCAUUGUGUCACGAAAAAGUUGACCGCCCUCACCAGCGACCAAACUCAUCAUCACCAGACUGGCACGGUCCGGUCUAUAGGGUGGGGAACAACCGGCCAUAGCAGUUUCCAAUGUCAUCAGUCUUCCCCGAGGUCUUUCACGGUACAAACGGUAGAAGCAGUAGUGGUGGCCGCCGCCACAACAACAACGGAAAAAGUCGAAAGUUCACAACCGACGAUUUUGGCGAGAAACUCAGGCUGUGAUAUUGUUUGCUGAGGAGCGAGCGUGAUUAAAUUUUCGGUUGCAAUUUUCGGUGGCGGCGCGAAAACAUGAAAUAAGUGUGAUGAGAUAGUGCGAAGAAAGUUCAUCAUCGGUGAGUGAGAAUCAUUUGAGAUCUACGCGCGACGACCAACAGAUAAGAAGAGGGAAAGAGUUAAGUGAUUGUUUUGUGGUAGUGUGCAAGAAGUUUUUUGUGUUCGGGGAGAAAUUUUGGAAACGUGACACGACAAUCUAUGUGUGGUUGUGAUGAGCGUUGCAACGGCCACCACCACCAUCAUCCCCGCCGCCAACAUGAGUGCUACCACGAAUAACAAUAACGCCAGCAACAACAACAACAACAAUAGCAUCGCUACCAACAACAAUGAGGCUCAGACGCCGGAGGUGCAAGUUACCAUCAAAGAUUUACCCAUAACGUUUAAGGUCAAAUAUUUGGGCAGCCAGUUCGCGAGGGGCCUGUGGGGGAUCAAGCACACGAGGCGACCCGUCGAUCAUCUAGUCAGUGCCGCCAAGAGCCUCCCGCCGAACAAAAUCCUGCCGUUCUGCAACCUGACCGUGUCGCUCGACGGGGUCCGCAUGGAAACGGUCACUUCGAAGCACAACGCGCUCACCAACUUCACCAUCGACACCAUUUCGUACGGCGUGCAGGACCUGGUGUACACGCGCGUCUUCGCGAUGAUCGUGGUCAAGGAAAACUACAACCUCAAGGACGAGAAUCCGUUCGAGGUGCACGCGUUCGUCUGUGAUAGUCGCGCCAUGGCCCGCAAGCUGACGUUCGCGCUGGCCGCCUCCUUCCAGGACUACUCCAAGCGGGUCAAGGAAGCGGAAGAGCAGGGCGGUGCGACGAUCGGCGGCGACGUGAAGGGAAGGCCGCUGCGGAAAAAGUUUGCCAUCGAUUUGCGCACGCCGGAGGAAAUCCAGCAGGACAUCACCGAGCAGGAAACGGAAGCGUGAUUGCUGAGCUUGAAGGGUUUUGGGGGCAGAAAAGUGCUGGUGCAAAAACCAUUUUUGAACAGACCAAAAGAUGCUAGGAGUUGGAGAGGAUGGGAACGAGAGAAAGCGAGAAUUACAGUGUUGCGGCUAGUCCAUUUAUUUUAUUUUAUCCUACUUCAAGAUGUAAUUUAUAUACAACAUAUCGCGAGCAGAUUCCGUUAAAAGUAAGAACAGAAAGUGAAAUGUAUACCAAAACAGAGCUACAUCUUUUGGAACAGCAAAGAUAGCUUUUAAGACACGCAAGAUAAACCUGUUUGUUAAUUUUGUAAAGAUUCUUGAGUGAAUCGUACUUUUACUGUUAAAAAAAACUAUUUGAUAGAAAUUUAUCAAUAAGAUGAGUGUGAGUGUGACACAAGUGAAAUUGCACCAAUACCUGAGAACAAUAAAGAAUUUAUUUUAAAGUAA